AGAACAUUUAGAUAUAAGGAAGUGAUGUAUCCCGUUGCUGCAUUCAUUCCAGGAAACAGUACGAUUACAUUCUCUGACAAGGUUCAGAUUUCUGCCCAACUUUGUCAUUUGUGUAGAGAACUACAGCCACUAUUGAAGACAUUAAAUGUUAAGCCUCCUGGUUUCCAUUGAACUUGUAUCAUUUAGCUCUCCUUUUUAUUUUUUUUAUUUAUUUUUUUAAGAACUUGUGUUGUCAAGAAUUCACGAUGAAGAGCCUUUUUUUGUCUCUCUUACUAGUCUCUAUUCUGUUUAUGAACAGCUUUUCAGAAGUGCGAGGAAGGAAAUGGAAAGGUGAAGGUACGACACAAAACUUGGAAAGCAUUUUCAUUGGAAGGUGUUAUGACUAUAUCAGAAUUGUGAAUCCUGCUGUUGGUGAGAAGAAUUGCUCAGAGUUAUGGGAAGCUUUCAGAAAUGCUUUUAUUAACAAGGAUCCUUGCAACAUUCUACCUAAGGACUAUGAAUUAUUUAUCAAACUGGCAUUUCACACAAUUCCAGCUAACAAGUCUCUCUUCUGGGAAAAUAAUCAGCUGCUAGUCAAGAGCUUUACCAGCGGAGCUCGUCGCUACAUGUCUCUGAGUGAUACUCUCUUUGGCUUCGUUGUAGAUUUUCUAAUCUGGUGUGGGCAGACCAACAGCGCUGGACUGGACUAUGAAUCUUGCCCUACCAUGGAAGAAUGUGAAAACAAUGCAGUGGAUUCUUUCUGGAGGAUGGCUUCAAUCACUUAUGCACAGCACAGCUCUGGGGUGAUACAUGUCUUGUUGAAUGGUUCUGCAGAAGGAGGAGCUUAUCCAGUCAAAGGAUUUUUUGCAGAUUAUGAAAUACCUAAUCUCCAGAAAGAUAAGAUCUCAAAAAUUGUCAUCUGGGUUGUGGAUGAUAUUCAAGGACCAGAUAGAGAUUCCUGUGGAAAAAAUACUGUAAAGAUAUUAGAAGACCGACUGAAAACCCUUGGUUAUGAUGUCACCUGCACUGACAAUUACAAGCCUGUAGUGUUCUUACUCUGCGUGGAUUAUCCUGAUGACUCUAACUGUAUUCUGUCAUCAUCUGCACCACCAGCACAAAGAAGACCUAUAUCUUCAGACAGAGGAGGCAGCUGGAACAAGCUCAUGUUUGUUUCUCUUGUAGGCUUUUUAUUCAGAUCUGCUUCAGAGUACUGAGAUAAUCAACUGAAUCCAUAUUCUCCAUUGUCUUAGCUGGCUAUAAAUUUGGCUUUAAUUCAUUUCUAACUGCAAUUUCACCCUACUUCUGUGACUGGCAAACUUGCAUAUUAAAACCCUGCAUAAUUCUAUCUAGAUAUCAACUACUAAUAGCAUAAAAAAAAAAUCUGCUGCUAGAAAGCCUCACCCUUCAUUUCCUUUUCUUGAAUAGAAGACAUCCAUUGCUGUUUCAUCGUAUCCCAAUCCUCCAGAAUGAAACUGAGAAUAAUACUUUCUGUCUGUUCAUAGAGUUCACAAAGAAAACCUAAACAAUGUCCACCAUACAUCUCCCAAACAACUAAAUCCUACUAUUUUGGCCUUGAAAACUAUGCUUUGAGAAGGGGAAGUGGGAGCAGGAAGUAUGAGUUCAGAUGCUCACUUGGUACAAAAUAUAAUAAGCGAGACAGCGGAAAAAUUAAACUCAUUUUCAUAGUCUAGUAUUUGAGCCAAACGUAGCUGAAACAGUUAUACACAUGAUAGUUACAGAAUAUGCAAGCCACGCAUAUUCUGUUUACCAAGUUUACCAUGUACUGUCAAUUGCUUCAUCAUCCCCACAGCUGUUCCUCAGCUGCCUAUCUCCCUGCCACUGGAUAACGGGUAAUAUGGUCAGUAGUACCGGGUCUAGAAGGCUCCACAGGUCUUCUAGCACAAUGUGUUUAGCAUAUUGAAUUCAGACAAGAACCUUCCAGGUCAGAUAUUUGUCUGCUUUCAGUGGACUCAGUGUGUUUGAGAAUAUAUUGAGAAGAAAGCAGCUGCCAUCUUGAAGGUCUCUUGAGUUCCUUCUGUAAGUUAUCUAUGUCCCAGAUGGAUGUUCAUCUAAACUACCAGGACAUCCAGCUACUAAGAUGACACAUAAAUCUUUGGAAAAAAAUAGUUGUUGUUUUAGAAAAUAAUUAGAAUUUUGUUGCACGUUCUCUGUUAGCUUCUGUGUUAUUUAUUUGUGUUUGUAUUAGCUGAUUGCUAAGAAAUUGGGAUAGAAUGUUCCUGUUAUCGCAGUGUUUCUGAUUUAGGACUUUGCAGUAGAUGUGCAUCCUUUCGGUCCCUGGUACAACUAUAUCAGGUUAAAUGUUUGAAAGAUAAUAUCUGAAAUAUGUUGCUGUUGCUUAUUUGCCUGGUUUCCAUUCCCGUAAUAAUCUUUAAAUUGGUUCCUGUGCAAAUCCAUUUGCACAACAUACAGAGUUGCAUUUGCCUGUGUCAGAGUUAGAUUAGGGCUCGAGCUCAAAGGAUUCUUGUGUGUUUCAGAAACUUGCAAAAUGACUGACGUCAGGCUCACAGACAGGUGUCCAAGCCACCUUUUGGUCUAGUGUUGUCCUGCCCACUGCCCACUGUACUACGGUGUGGGUGGGGGGAUUCAGAGAGUAACUAAAUAUCAUCAGCAAGGCAUAUGCCUCUCAGGCAACUGCCACCCACAAGCCAAGCGUCCCCACUGGCCAGCUUUUGCUUUCUGGCCCAUGUGAGCUUUUCAGCCUCUGGAUGCUAUCAAUUUCAGCAGUGCAAUCAUGACUGGCAGUUAUGCAUGGUACCAAACACACUGCAGGAAGUGAUAAAUAAUUCUGUUUUAAAACUUGCAGGAUGCACAGCAGGAUAGAUUCAAUGCAAAUGACUUGAGGUUAUUUACUGUUUGACCUUAUAUCGAGACCAACAUACCCAGAAACCUCUUGCAGUGUUUUCUUAUUUCUAAUAUUCUUGCCUCCUUUCCCAUUACAUCGACUCAGCAGCAAAACCAGCAUUUUAUUUUUCCCAAUAUCUUUUCAAUAAAGUGCUUCAAACUUGCAGGAAAAGCUUGGGAAGAUCUGUAAAGUUUUUUAGCUAACCAACUAAUAUAGCUGAGAAAAGAAGGCAAAAUUUUAGAUACAUAGUCUUCUUCAGAUCUUAAAGGCAAGAGAUGCUGAGUAUGGAUCAGUUCUGAGUUUAACUUAUUUUUUUUAAUUAGUGUGAAAGAACAGUGCAUCUAGCAUCUAGCAGGGCAAAAAGCAAAGUGAGAAACAGUAAGGUCAUUUCCUAACAAAAAGUGAGCAAGAGAAUCCCUUCUCUCUCUUCUUCCGUUUCUACAGCUACACAGCAUGCAAACAGGGCUAUUUACACAUACAUUUUACACGUAUGUGGUGAGAAUGAGCCCUGUCUGUGCUUUGCCUUAACACCUGGUAAAUGCUGCGAUUAGCAAUGUCUCCUGUAAAAGCUGUGGCACAUUUGGAGGAAUCAUGUCUAAAUGCCCGCUAAGGCUCAACAGGGUGGUUCAAAAACGGAUUCAAAAUGUUUUGAUCAUUCGUAUUUGUACUAGCAGUACUGCAGAUACAGCUGUCUGCAGACAUGAAUUCAGGUCUGGAACUGAAUUUCAAGGGGGAAAAUGCUUCAAGGGGGAAAACGUUUCAAGGGGGGAAAUGUUUCGUAUGAAAACAUAGUUUGUAUCACUUCAUUUUGAAUCCAGUUUGAUACCACAAUUCUGUAUAGAUCUGUCAAUACCCAACUACUCCUGGCAAACGAAAGCCUCAUGCACCAUAGCAUUACGGGGUGCUUUGCAUUUACACAGACAGACCUGUGGAAGCUACUGAUACUAAGUUAGUAUUUCGUAUCUUCACCCAUUUUGUGGACCACAAAAACUCAGUUAUGUCACGCUCUUCAUUCCUAUGUGCAAGUAAAUAUAACCUCCCUUCCGCUACCCUAUUUUUGUUUCUGCUGCAUGUGUUCGUGUCACUGUAUCUGACAAAAGCAGAACUCUAAUUCAGAAUAACUUAUUUUUUCAGCAUGUCUGUGCAUGCACACGUAUACAUCUGCUCAUGCCCGCUCUGACUACUUUUAAAUGCAAACUCUUGAGUGCUUUGGAGUAAGUGUUAAUGAGAAUAAAGCAAGGACAACGUG